AUGCAGAGGGGUGUGUGUGCGUGGAGUCACAUGACCUCAAGUUAAAUACCAAGUGGCAGCAUAGCAAUGCAACAAAGCUGACGACUAGGCUGCAACACACACAUGCGCACACACACACACACGUAAACACACAUGCACACCACACCUGGCCAGUAGCAAGCAUGGACGCUGCUUAUAAGAAAAUCAACGGAAACUACGCUCAGGAUGUGGAUGCAGACGACCAGGACUCGAGGACCAGGAGGCGGGGCUCCAUGUACCUGGAGGAAGAGACCAACAGGAAGUCGGAAGUGAUCACCUGCAUUUUCUCCCUGAAGGAGGAAGUGGGAGCUUUGGCCAGAGCGCUGAGACUCUUUGAGGACAAGGGCAUCAAUCUGGUGCACAUCGAGUCGCGUCCCUCCCGCAUCAGCAAGGAGCAGUACGAGUUCUUCAUCAGCGUGGACCCCGCCUACUCCCAGGCCCUGGACGAGGUCAUCGACUGCCUGCGGACGCAGAUCAGCGGCCACGUGCACGAGCUGUCCCGCAACAAGCAGAAGGACACCGUGCCCUGGUUUCCCAACGACAUCCAGGACCUGGACCGCUUCGCCAACCAGAUCCUCAGUUACGGCUCGGAGCUGGAUUCGGAUCACCCAGGCUUCACAGACCCGGUGUACCGGGCACGCAGGAAGGAGUUUGCAGACAUCGCCUACAAUUACAGACACGGCCACCCCAUACCGGGGGUGGAGUACACAGCGGAGGAGAGGACCACCUGGGGCACCGUGUUCAAGGAGCUAAAGACCUUGUACCCGACUCACGCCUGCCGGGAGCACAACCGAGUCUUCCCCCUGCUGGAGAAGUACUGCGGCUACAGGCAGGACAACAUCCCGCAGCUGGAGGACGUAUCCCGCUUCUUGCAGUCCUGUAGUGGUUUCCGACUUCGCCCAGUGGCCGGCCUGCUUUCCUCCCGGGAUUUCCUCGCCGGACUGGCUUUCCGUGUCUUCCAUUCCACGCAGUACAUCCGCCACGGCUCCAAGCCCACGUACACCCCCGAGCCGGAUAUCUGUCAUGAACUCCUGGGACAUGUCCCUCUUUUUGCAGACCCAGGUUUUGCCCAAUUCUCACAAGAGAUCGGUCUGGCUUCCCUCGGCGCCCCUGACGAGUACAUUGAGAAACUCGCCACGGUCUACUGGUUCACUGUGGAGUUUGGUCUGUGCAAACAGGGCUCUGAGACCAGAGCUUUUGGAGCGGGCUUGUUGUCCUCGUUUGGAGAGCUGCAGUACUGCCUGACUGACAAACCCAAACUGCUGCCCUUUGACCCGGAGAAGACCAGCCUCCAAAAGUACCCGAUCACAGAGUACCAGCCCAUUUACUUUGUGGCCGAGAGCUUCGAUGACGCCAAGGAAAAAGUCAGGAAGUUUGCCGGCACCAUUCCGCGGCCGUUCUCGGUGCGCUACAACCCUUACACUCAGAGUGUGGAGGUGCUGGACAACACCCAGCAGCUCAGCAACCUGGCCGACAGCAUCAACAGUGAAAUGGGGAAAUUGUGCGAAGCCCUGCGGAAACUUGAGUGACUUCGCCACAGCUCCCGAGCGGCCGGAAGCUCGUUGUACUUGCAUGUCAGCUGAAGAAUAUUCUCUUUGUGAAUCAUCUGCAUCAGGGGUGUCAAACUUCUUUUCACUGAGGGCCACAUUGCGCUCCAUGGGCCGCUUCUUACAGUGAAUAUAUAUCACUAUAUAUCAAUCAAUCAAUCAAUCAAAGUUUAUUUAUAUAGCCCUAAAUAACAAGUGUCUCAAAGGGCUGCACAAGCCACAACGAUAAUCCAUGUAUGGAUUUUAUUAUUGUAUAAUCCAGGGGUCAGCAACCUUUACCAAAGUAAAUAAAACAAUGGGAGCCACAAGACUCUUUUGAAAUUUAUAAUGAAAUAAUACUGCAUCCAUCCAUCUUCUUCCGCUUAUACGAGGUCGGGUCGCGGGGGCAACAGCCUAAGCAGGGAAACCCAGACUUCCCUCUCCCCAGCCACUUCGUCUAGCUCUUCCCGGGGGAUCCCGAGGCGUUCCCAGGCCAGCCGGGAGACAUAGUCUUCCCAACUUGUCCUGGGUCUUCCCCGUGGCCUCCUACCGGGAGGCGUUUGGGUGGCAUCCUGACCAGAUGCCCGAACAACCUCAUCUGGCUCCUCUCCAUGUGGAGGAGCAGCGGCUUUACUUUGAGUUCCUCCCGGAUGGCAGAGCUUCUCACCCUAUCUCUAAGAGAGAGCCCUGCCACACGGCGGGGGAAACUCAUUUCGGCCGCUUGUACCCGUGAUCUUAUCCUUUCGGUCAUGACCCAAAGCUCAUGACCAUAGGUGAGGAUGGGAACGUAGAUCGACCGGUAAAUUGAGAGCUUUGCCUUCCGGCUCAGCUCCUUCUUCACCACAACGGAUCGGUACAACGUCCGCAUUACUGAAGACGCCGCACCGAUCUGCCUGUCGAUCUCACGAUCCACUCUUGCCUAACUCGUGAACAAGACUCCUAGCUACUUGAACUCCUCCACUUGGGGCAAGAUCUCCUCCCCAACCCGGAGAUGGCAUUCCACCCUUUUCCGGGCGAGAACCAUGGACUCGGACUUGCUUCACACUCUGCUGCGAACCGAUCCAGUGAGAGCUGAAGAUCCCGGCCAGAUGAAGCCAUCAGGACCACAUCAUCUGCAAAAAGCAGAGACCUAAUCCUGCGGUCACCAAACCGGAUCCCCUCAACGCCUUGACUGCGCCUAGAAAUUCUGUCCAUAAAAGUUAUGAACAGAAUCAGUGACAAAUAAUACUGCAUACAGUUUUUUUUUGCUUUGUGCUAUGUAUAAACCAGGGGUCUCAGACACGCUGCCCGCACCUUAAUAUGAAAAUGUAAUAUUAGUUUGGCCCGCGAGUUUUAUAUGAAUGCCGCUUGACAGCGUCAAACCUGCCAACCGUCCCAAUUUUCCCGGGAGACUCGCGAAUUUCAGAGUAAUUAUUCUCUCGAAUGUACGCUGGUGUUCGCCCAAUGAACGAUAAUGAGGGCGUACAAUGAUGUCACUACCGCCCUCUACAGCUUGUACAAAUAGCUUGCCAGCCCAAAGAAUUGUUUGACGAGGCUAUUGCAGACACACGUAAGAGACUGCAAGGCAUCCUUAUUCAACAGCCAUACAGGUCGCACUGAGGGCGGCCGUUUAAACAACUUUAACACUCUUACUAAUA